AUGCGAGCUUCCAGCCGAGCGACUGUGACGCGUAUCAUCAACGAUCUGAAGUCUCUCUUAGCUACAUCGCCCCACGAUCCUGCUCAGCUUACUGCAAAGCUUACGUUUCUCGAAACAAAAUCAUCAACCUUGACUCAGCUCAACCAAGAGACCCAGGCCCUUAUCGACGAAGCAUCCUUGGAAGCAGAAUGCGAGGCCUGCGAUCAGUACUCUGAAUCUAUUAUCACUAUCUCGGUUCAAGUCCAUGAAGCUCUGAACACCGCGCUCGGUGCGAUGAGACUGGCAUCCGCUCAGGUCGGCGGUGCUCCACAGCCUUCGUCUGCUCCAUCUCAAGGCGUGGGCCCUCCUGCAGACGGCGUCAAAUUGCUGAAGUUGCGGAUUGACCACUUUCCUGGUGAGCUGUCUCAGUGGCAAGGUUUCUGGGAUCAGUUUCGUGUCAGUAUUCAUGAGAACCCCAGACUUUCUAACGUCAACAAGUUCAAAUAUUUGCUCUCACUCGUCACCGGACCCGCUGCUCGAGCGAUAGAGGGACUAUCACUCAGGGACGAGAACUACGUUACGGCCGUCGAUAUCCUCAAGGCACGGUUUGGCAAGACUGAGCUUUUGGUGAGCGACCACUUGGAUUCUUUGUUCGACUUGCCCCCUGUGAAGUCUGUGGAUGAUGUCAGAAGUUUGAGGAAGUUUCAUGAGACUGUUACGGUUCGAAUUCGGAAUCCUCAGAGUCUGUGUGUAUCACGAAGCCAAUAUUCGAUUACUAUUUUCCGGGCAAUUCUUCAGAAGAUACCUCCACCAUUUGAGUUGGAAUACUAUCGUGUGAAGAUAACCGACUCUGCAACCGCAUCGGCAGCCGCAUCGACGGCCGAUGAUCUGUCAUCACUUUUGGAUUUCCUUGAAAAAGAAAUUGAGUUUCGAGAACGGGUCCGCAAGCCGACAGCUUCGUCUAAGGAGGAUACUGCUGAUCGCCGCAAGACACCACUUUACCCUUCUGCUGCUUCUUUAGCAGCCAGCGCGACGGAAGCGGUGUCCAAGCAAGUCCCAUGA